AUGCUCCUUAACCACAUCCUCCCCCUCCUCUCCAUCUUUUCCUUCCCCCUCACAACUGCAUCACAACCAUCAACCCCCAACCUCUCCUACCUCUACACAGCUUACGUCCAAUGCGCCGGUAACCUACUGGAAGACCCCGGCCCCAACGGUCCAGCCGGCAUCCGAAAGACAAUCCCCAUAGUCGGCGGGAACUUUACCGGACCGCGUCUAUCAGGCCAAAUCCUCAACGUCGGCGCAGACUGGGGCACCACAGACCCCGCGACAGGUAUUUUCUCCGCCGACACGCGGUAUAAUCUCCGGACGAACGAUGGGGAGGAUAUCUUUAUUCGGACGUCAGGGCCGAAGUCGCCGUCCGGGCAAUUGCAUUUGAGGAUUCUGUUGGAGACGGGGAGUGAGAAGUAUUAUUGGGUGAAUAAUAUUGUGGCUGUCGGGGUCUUGACGAAUGUCGGGAAGACGGCGAACUCGUCGCUGCUUAAGAUUGAUGCGUGGAAUUUUGCAUCGGAUUGGAAUACUACCAAGUUUGUACAGUAA